AUCUUCAAGCUCUACAGAACUUCUACAGAUUCUUUCUGUCAUUGUGAAGAAACAUCUUGAAGAAUGAGAAGCCUGAUGUGUUUGCUGUUCCUGGUGAUCUUCUGCUCUGUGCAGAUGACUUCAAGCGCUAACCUGGCAAGUGAAGUGGCAAACUCAAGGUGUUGUGGAGAGUUCAGUAAUGUGAAGGUUCCUGUGAAACUGGUGACGUCUUACUAUUGGACCAGCAGCAUCUGUGGUAGACGCGCUAUUGUGUUUCAGACAAUUGCGGGGAGAAAGUUCUGCAUUGAUCCACAGACCCCCUGGGUGAAGAGUCAUAUUGAAACAGUGGACAAAAGAACAACUGCUACAAAAUCUAAUGCUAAAAAAACAACUGUUACAGAAUCUAAUGCUACACAAACAUCUGCUACAGAAUCUACUUCUGCUGCAUUGACAACUGCUGCUACAGCAAAGACUCAGAGCCUUACAGUCUAA